AGAUGUCUAAUGUUUGGUUGUGACUUGUGGUUGUGCUAACUUUGUGCAGAUGUCUCCUAAGAGAGCAAGGUAUACCACAAGAGCCACGAAGUCUUUCUCCACUACCCAAAACUUUGACCGCUCCUAUUUCUUAUCGGCGACAAAGGAAGGAUUUUAUCAAUCCGUCCUAGCACACAAGGAGUGUGUGAAGGAGGGAGGAGUCUUCUAUAGGGAUGGAAGGAGAGACCUCCUCAGCAUUCAAGAAGCCAUGGAGACGAGAAGGUGGGGGAGAUGGGUGAAUCUCAUUUCUAUUGCUUGUGAAGUAAUGGUUAGGGAGUUCUAUGCAAACACCUACUGUGAUGAUCAAGAUCAUAAACCAGAUCCCCCAACCUUUUCAUCUUGGUUCAGAGGAGAUGUUAUCCAGUGUGGAGCUGAGAAGAUUCGGGAGUUCCUUGGUCUUCUCACUGAGCAUGAAGAGAGAGCCUUUUCCCAUUGAAGCGCACCUUUCAUGAUUUGCUUUCGGACUAUUCUCUAGAGUUCCGGAAGGAUCUGAAAGUGGUGCUGGUUAGGCCCGGUCAAAAAUAGGAGAAGGAUGACAAAAAGGAUAACACCUUCUUGCUGAGACAGAACAUGGCACCGCUGGCUCGAGUUUGGGCUGAAUUCUUGCAGGAUUCGUUGUUUCCUAGCUCUCACAAAUAUGAAGUGAUAGCAGUGGUUCUGAUUGCCAUCUACUGCAUCAUUAGAGGACACCCAAUUGAUGUGGCGAGGAUUAUCUCUUACAGAAUUUACUCACACUACAAUGUGGGUAAGGACAUGACUCGACCCAUCUUUCCUCACUUGAUUUUUUCCAUGAUUCAUGAAGUCAGAGACAAGGCUAGGAGACCAAUAUUUAUCGUGCAGAAGAGGUUGACGGUUGCCCCUAUACUUAGCAAGGAUAGGGUGAACCAUCUUCACAAGAAAUGGAUGUCAAGGAUGCCUCAAGAGGAGGAAGAGGAAGAGGAUCCUGAGGAGCCAGCGGAAAAAGAGGAGAAUGAGGUAGUGACUCCACCGCGUGCUAACCCUCUACCUGAUUGGAUGAAGGUCGCUUUCGGGCGGAUGUUGUUGCGUCAAGAUCGCCUACAUAGGGAUCUUGACCUGUUUUGGAGGGGAGAGAGCACAUCGCAUCACAGGUAUAAUGGACCAUUGGAUCUUAAUACAUUGGAACAAGGGAUGAUCGAUUUGAGCAUUAUGCACGAUGCUGGAGUUCAUCCGGAGUAUGAUGAUGGAAGGGGUGAUCAUGGCCCCAUGGAGUGAUUUUGAUGAGGGACAUUUCAAUCAGAAAUUGGGACUUAGCAACGCUGAUUACUGGUCGGUCGGGUUUGUACUUUGUUUCAUCGAUCAGUCAACAUUCACUGCACUAAGUGGAAGUAGGUCUGUUUUUAAGUUGGAUGUCCUGACUCCUGAUUGUUUUCAUCUUUGUAACUGUUACAAUAGGUCAAUAGGACAAACCUGAACAACCACAUUAUGUAUUAGAUAUAGAUUUGUGUUUACUACUGGCGCUGGAUGGUUGCAUUAGCUUUGAUUCUUUGUAAGACCAAAGUGUUGUUAGGGUCAAACUUAAGUGUGAGUAUGUAUGUUGUUGCAAAUACUUACUUGUGUCCUGUACCUUGCCUGUCAUAGAAAUGAUAAUUGGUAAUGGCCAAACCAUUGGAGAUAUAGCUUAUAAACAAUUAACUUUUAAUGCUAGUUGACCUCUAUAA